AUGCUUGUGUUUCAAACAAAGCUGCAAAAGUAUCAACUGGCGACGUUGAUUUCGUCAAUUGCUUCGAACUUUUUGUUGUUUUUUGCAACGAUUACACCAGCUUGGCAGGUUGCAAACGACUUGGAUGCAGAUAGAUACGUUCAAUCCGGACUUUGGUUGUACUGCCCAGGGCAAGCACAAUGUUGGUACAUCUUCAGUGACAGUCUGAUCAACUACUAUGAAAAGGUCGAUGUAUGUAGAUUCUUCUUGAUUGGUGAUUGCAGAAAGAAGUUAUUGAGAACUCCAUACUUUUUCGGAUGGCAUUAUGCUGUGCUCAUUCUUAAUGUGAUCUCUAUGAUUUUUAUGGGAUUGAGUAUUGCAUCUAUUAUUUUUGCAUAUGCAAAACCACACCGAUCGAGAAUUGCAAUUAUCAUGUUGGAUGCUUUCUGUGGAUUUGCUAGUCUGUUGUUGGGAGUAUCUUUGAUUGUUUUUAUGGUGAACGCAGAAAUGUUGGAGUCAAAGUACUUGAUCGGAAUCAAAAACACCUAUGAGAAAGAAUAUGGCUAUUCCUACUACCUCGCCGGACUUGCAUUUGUUAUCUCUGUCAUUACAAUCCUAUUUGCCGCUCUUGUAUCCACAUACACAUUCUUGUUCCCUGAAGAAGUUACGGAUAGCCAAUACUCGUUAAAGAUGUCGAACAACCAAUUUGCUGCGAGAUACAACAACGAUCUUCAACAAGCGUACCUACCACCACAGUCACAGUUAAGCAUGCAGAUCCCUCCAACUGAACAUGGUUCCUACAUUGUCGGAGCUGUCUCCCCGAAGGGAGAAUUCAGGUCACAAACCAGACACUUCUACAGUUACUAA